AUGGCAACCAUCACAAGAGCUUGGAAAGUGGGGGUCUUAGCAACGUGCUUCCUGACAACAAUAGCGAGUGCUGCGGGGCCUACAGUCGCUGUUUUGAAUGGAACAUACGAAGGCUUACAUCUUCCCUCGUUCAAUCAGGACCUCUUCUUAGGCAUUCCGUAUGCGCAAGAUACCGGAAGUCAGAAUCGUUUUCGCAUACCACAGUCUUUGAACUCGACAUGGAACGGCACGCGCCCCGCCAAAUCAUACGGAGAUACCUGUCCAGACCCAUCAGAUACUAGCUUCAGCAUGAGCGAAGACUGUCUGAGCAUCAAUAUUGUUCGCCCAGCCGGUUCUUCAGCUGGCGAUCACGCGAAGCUGCCAGUUGCAUUGUGGAUUCAUGGAGGCAGUUAUCAAGUUGGCACCAGCGCGCUUGCGAAUUAUAACCUCACAUAUAUUGUCCAGCGAAGCGUAGAGAUUGGUCGACCUAUCAUUGCUGCUAGUAUCAACUACCGUAAAGGCGGAUGGGGUAUGAUGUACUCUCGAGAGAUCCAGGGUACCGGCCAGACAAACCUCUCACUUCGCGACAUGCGCAAAGGACUCGCCUGGAUCUCAGAGAACAUUGGAGCCUUUGGCGGCGACAAGAACACAGUGACCAUCUGGGGCGAGUCUGCUGGAAGCUUUGCAGUAGGCCAGCUACUCAUGUCCUACGGUGGCCGUACAGAUGGCUUGUUUCACCGCAGCAUACAAGAGUCCGGAUCUGCGGCAACGGCUUGGUACAAUGGUACUGAUUGGUAUCAGCCCAUCUACGAUAACGUCGUUAACAAAACGAACUGCUCUAAUGAAGUUGACACACUGGAGUGCCUGCGCACAGUGCCUUAUGAGAUUAUGUUCCCGUUACUUGCGGCUCCGGUUCAAGGUCCCGGCUGGUACCCGACUGUCGAUGGAGACAUCAUUCCUGCCUAUCCUACGGAACUGCUCGCUUCAGGCCGUUUCGCUCAUAUCCCCCACCUCUACGGUACCAACUCUGAUGAAGGUACCGACAACGCGCCUGCGGACGGUGUCAUCAACACCGACGAAGAUCUUCGUGCCUACCUCGCCGGCAGCACAGGCUUCGACUUCCCUGAUACGGUUGUCCAGCAUAUCAUGGAGCUCUAUCCCAACGACCCCACCCUGGGCAUACCCCUUAACACCGACGUGCAGCUUUUUGCAGAGCAGGGUCUCCAGUACAAGCGCAUAGCUGCCAUCAUGGGCGACGCAUUCUACCAUGCACCCCGCCUCACGGACGCCCGCGCUUACUCCAAAUACUCGCCCACGUAUAUUUACCGCUUCAACACGCUCCCCUGGCAGAACAACAACACUGCUAAUGAAGGCGGCAGCGCGCGCGCAUACAAGGGUGUCGCGCACUUCACAGAGGUGGCUUUUGUCUUCGCCAACCCCAACUUCUAUGGGCCGUGGGAGGAGUACAGAGCGUUAAGCAAUCAGAUGAGCGCGCAAUGGAUUAACUUUGUUGCUAGUGGCGAUCCUAAUAGCAAAGCACUGCCACUGUGGCCGCAGUACAACGAGAGUGCACAAGGAUUUGAUCUUGUUAUCCAGGCAAAGGGGAGAGGGUACAAUGGGAGCUAUGUUGAGGAGGAUACUUGGAGACUUGAGGGAAGGGAGUAUUUGAGCAAGUGGGCUAGGAGAAGACAUGUUUAA